CUCUGCACAUCUGGACCGUCACCAAUACCGCCUUUACUGAGCUUGGAGGCGUCGCCGAAAUAAAGUUGGAGAGCGUCCAACCCCUGCGACGAUCAUGAAAGGAGCCCUUCUUUCGCUGGUGUGGCUUGCGGGUCUUGCUGCAGGCCAAAGUAGCUCAUCUAUAUCGGUUAUCACACUAUCCGGAUCCCAACGGAGUCUCACAGGUGACGAUGCUGCCCCCAACCCAACUGUACCCUCCGAUUUUGAAGGCAGUACUUUUGCGACCAUUACAUCACCAGCCUCCUCAGCCUCAUCAGGCGCCACACAGUCAUCCAACGGCACGAUAACCUCCGGGGAACCUGUCACCAACAUCGGACAAGGGAAUAGGACCAUCACGCCAACAGGUACCGGCACGGCUCCUGCGUUGCCGUCUAACACACAGCCAUGCAACAACUACCUCGAGUUCUGCGACCGCAAAUACUCCAACAUCACCGAAGUUUGUGCCCACAACUCACCCUACACGCGCAAGAACAAUAUUGCGCGCAACCAAGAAUACUCUGUAAAGCAACAGCUUGACGAUGGUAUUCGUAUGCUUCAGGGCUCGGCUCACUAUGUCAACGGCACUCUCUACUACUGUCAUUCCUCGUGCGACCUGCUCAACGCCGGCACUGUUGAGGACUACCUCCGCCAAGUCACCGAAUGGGUAGAGGACCACCCCUUCGACGUAGUCACCAUCCUCUUUGGAAACUCAGAUUGGGACAAGACAACCCCAGAUGGCAAACCCCUCGUCACCGCCAAAAACUUUGCCGAACCAAUCGAGGCCUCUGGUCUCCGCAAGUACAUCUACCAGCCGCCCAAGACAGCCAUGGAACUCAAUGACUGGCCCACACUCGGCGAGCUCAUCCUCCAAAACGACCGUGUCAUCACCUUCAUCGACUACAACUAUGACACCGACGCCGUCCCUUAUCUCCUCUGGGAAUUCUACAACAUGUGGGAGACCACCUUUUCCCCUACCGACCAAAACUUCCCUUGCAACCUCGGCAGACCAGAGGGAAUGUCCGAGAACAAAAUGAGAGAUAUCCUGUACAUGGCGAAUCAUAACCUGAACGCCGAGAUUUCUUUCGCUGGCUUCAAUCUCCUCGUGCCAAACGUCGCUGAGAUUAAGCAGACGAAUGGUGUAGAGGGAUUCGGUAGUUUGGGUCUUAUGGCUAACACCUGCACUAGUGAUUGGGGCCGCCCUCCGAACUUCUUACUCGUCGAUUUUUACAACGAGGGUUCGACGAAUGGCUCCGUAUUCGAAGUUGCAGCUCGCGCUAAUAAUGUCACGUAUAAUCGUGAGUGCUGUGGUACUACGUCUGCGGCAAAUGUGCAGCUGCAGCCUGUGUACUUUGGUCUCGUAGCUGCUGCUUUUGCGGCCGUUUUGGCUUUGUGAGCUAGCUGGAGUCUAUGAAUUGUAGGACUGCAACGCGCAAGCUGUAUAGUUGGAAAGGCAUAAGGGAACAAUAGACAUGUUGGAUGAAGGCAUGGUAUGGCGUUUUUACUUCAUUUUCUUCCUUGUGACAUUAGACACGUUGUAAUUCUACAGCAUUUUUUUGUUCAUAGGAAAUAACGAUAGCAAGCACAUGACUCGAUUAAGCACAGAAAGUAUAUACUGUUCCUUAGUUCGCUAAUGAAAAGGGUGUAAAGGAAUGACUAGCUAGUUUUUUUAUUUUGUUUUAUCUUCAUCACUCUAUUCUCUCUUGAUCGCACACACCCCUCUCCAAAGGUAUAUUAGUCGUUUCUCCACUACGUCGAGUAAACACCACAGCACUCUUAACCAACACCACUGCUCUUUUUUCCUUUU